AAGGAAUCGUAUCAUAUGUCUGCUAUCCAGAACCUCCACUCUUUCAACUUUGCUGAUGCAAGUAAGGGUGAUGACCUGCUUCCUGCCGGCACUGGGUAUUAUAUCCAUAUAAGAAUUCAACAGAGGAACGGCAGGAAGACCCUGACUACUGUCCAAGGGAUCGCUGAUGAUUACGAUAAAAAGAAACUAGCGAAGGCGUUCAAGAAGAAAUUUGCCUGCAAUGGUACUGCAAUUGAACAUCCAGAAUAUGGAGAAGUGAUUCAGCUACAGGGUGACCAGCGCAAGAACAUAUGCCAGUUCCUAAUAGAGAUCGGACUGGCUAAGGACGAUCAGCUGAAGGUUCAUGGGUUUUAAGUGCUUGUGGCUCUCUGAAGUAUAAGUGAGGAUUUCCUUG